GUCAUGUUACUUUUGCCAAGUGGCAGCAAUAAACUGGAGAUUGGUUGGCAAGGGCCCUACUCGGUUGUGGAGAAGGUGUCCCGCACCAAUUAUAAGAUCUCCAAAAGAGGAAAACUGAAAGUCUUUCACAUAAACCUGCUUCGAAAGUAUUUCGAAAGAACAGAAACUACCCCGGUGCAUUUGAUGACACUUGCGGUAGCUACGGAGGUCGAAUGUGGAGAGGCUGCAGGGGUCGAGUACCCGUUACAACCUCGAGAAACAGCUCAGGACGUGGAAAUAAACCCCAUCCUGUUGGAUUCGCAACAACAAAGAAUAAGAGAGGUCUUAACUGCACACUCAGCAGUGCUCACAGACAAACCGGGUCGCACAAGUCUGGUAGAGUUUGACAUGAAACUGACCAGUACGGAACCGGUCAGACAGAGGUGUUAUCCUAUACCUUAUGCUAAGGAGGAAGCCCUCCAGGCUGAGAUUGCUCACCUUUUGCAAGAAGGAAUUAUCUCCCCUUCUGAAUCACCUUAUAGUGCUAGUGUUGUGCUCCUAAGGAAACCUAGUGGGGAGCAUCGGCUUUGCAUUGACUACAGGCAACUAAAUGGGGUAACAGAAUUCCAAGCUGAACCCCUACCUGACCAAGGACAACUAUUUUUUAGACUUAGCAAAGCUAAGUACUUUUCCAAGAUAGACCUCAGUAAGGGGUACUAUCAGAUCCCAGUAAAGGAAGAAGUUCGCCCUUAUUUAGCAUUCAGCACCCCUCAGGGGCACUAUGAGUUCAACGUCUUACCAUUCGGCCUUAGCAAUGCACCUAGUGUGUUUACCCGCAUGAUGAGAAUGCUGUUAGGCCCAUUAAAACGGCCAACGCUACAACAUUUUAUGGACGACAUCCUCAUCGCGUCAGAGCAUUUUGAAGAACACCUCAACACUCUCGACACUUUGCUAGGAAGGCUUGCAGAAGUGGGGUUAACAGCCAGGCCUUCUAAAUGUAAACUGGCUUUUGGACAACUAGAAUUUCUGGGACACACCAUAUCACAGGGAUAUAUGUGCCCUGAACAAAAGAACGUGGAUAAGUUGCACAAGGCACCUAGACCAAAAACUAAGAAGGAUGUGCGGUCCUUUGUAUCUCUGUGUGGGUUCUAUCAAAAGUACAUACAAGACUUUAACACGAUAGCCUCCCCACUUACAGAUGCUACAAAAAAAGGGAGCCCCAGAGAUGGUGCGUUGGUCAGCUGA